CAUCCAUUUCCAAUGCAGGCCAGCCAUUGGUCGAGAAUCAGCUUCCUCAGCUAGCCGAGCUAGCCUAAAGCGCGGAACGCAUCUCUCCAAAGCGAAAGAAACUCGGAAUCUCGGAAAGUCAUUCGAGUUAUUAGUUCACAAGCUCUCCAACAAGUUGCUGAAUGAAUAGAAUGCAAGAAGAAGCGAUGCUGAAUCUCCGGUGGGAUCUAUUUUCCUCUCAACUCGCCACAACUCUCGACACUUGUUACGAGAAGCAAUAUUUCGUGGACUCGUCUCUAGUAUGCAAGGACGGCACAAUAAUAAAAUGCCAUAAGAUGGUGUUAGCCAACUCAAGUACAUUUUUCCGUCGGAUUUUAGUCAAGAACGAUCACCCCCAUCCGAUGAUAGUCCUGCACGAUAUCGAUGCUGAUGAUCUGAAAACAAUUGUCAACUUCAUGUACUGCGGGGAGAUAGAGGUGGUGAAGAGCGAGGUUAGGAGACUGCUGAAGAUCGCGGAGAUUCUUGAAAUCUCAGGUCUGAAGGACAUCCGCUCGUCUGCACAGUUCCAGAAGACUUACGCAGAGGAACUUGCGCCAUUUCUCCCUGGAAAUAUUUCCGAAGAGUCUAAAAAUCCCAGCAAGCCAUACUACUUUCGACGAAGGCCUCAAGAACCUUCAAGAACUCCUGAGAAUUUUCUCCACAAAGCUGAGAAAGUCGAGGCUCGACCAAUCAGCGCUCCUUUGAGUCUCAAGGACAUUUCUGAAUCCACCGAAGGGAAAAUCACAGAGAAGACUAGUCAGAAGCGAUCCACCGGUGACAACUGUCACUACUUGAAAAAGCUUCGUCUUCUGGGAGAAAUUGACAUUAUCCGAUGCUCCGAUGAGACAUCGCCUGAGCGACAUCCAGAUGAGUCGGAGUCCCCGGAGUGUACUGAAAAUUACGGGGUUUUCAUAAAAAAUGAAAUCGAUAUUCCAUUUGAUGUCGGGAACGUAGAAACGGCAAGUGCGCUUGAUAGUGUUGAAAAAAUUGUUAAGAAGAAAUUGAGUUCUGGGAUUGAAAUCUUUAAAGCACACCCUAAAGGAUUCAUAGAGUCGUUACCUGGGCCAAGCAGAAGUGAAUCUCUCAGUCCUCGAUCUAGAAACUCUGUGGAUUCUUUUUAAAUUAAGGCUGAAGAUUAAGGUAUUCUCUUUUGUUUUUUAAUCAUCUUGUGAAUGUGAGCGGCAACAACACUGGGUUAUUGCGUGAAUUACAAUUGAUUAGUUUGUGAUAUGUUCAGAAUUUAUUUAUUUGAAUGAGAUUUUCCCGGUGAUAGUAUCAGUACCAAUUUGUGAAUGACUUCAAAAGAAAACUGGAGCAAGUACAUCUCUGCUAUGCCUUUACAUUAAUCAAAUGAAAACACGCCACAUUGAUAAUUUCCCGCUUAUGGAUGUCAUUAAAAAUUAAUGAUAUCGCUCCGGAUCUGUUUAUGGAUAUUAUUUCAUCAAUUUUCUUAUCCAUAAAACAAUGAAAGAUGUAAAUCAACUUAAAUGCAGCGAACAAGGAUUAAUUCACCGCAAACCAGGAACCUCUUUACAAGUAUGAUAUACAAAAUAGUUUCACACAACAAUUUUUCAAUAAAAAAAUUCGACAAUUUAUUUUCACGGCAUUCUAUUUUUAAUUUUACUUACAAUUUUCAAAUUGUAUUGCAACAUUUUCAUGCAUUUUUCCUAUAUACAAUAGUUCCUAUCGGACACAAUAAUUUACAGAAAAUGUGAGGAAAUUUUAAAUACAAUUCAUGAGAAAUUAAUGGAAUUUCUAAUACAAGCCCAAUCACUGUUUCUACCGAUGCAUUAAAUUUUUGCAUGAAAUUCUAUCAUUAGAGAAGAAAUUUGUACAGCGUGACUAGGGAAAGCAACUUGGAUUGUCUUCAAUAUGAAUACUCAUAUGUUUUUACUGGCAAAUAUGUGUUUCCAUUCCGAAACAAAAUGCAAAGGGAUUUUUCGGAGUCGUCUUCUUGAGUUGCCAUGGAGAUAAUUCAAAUUGAUCUAACCAACAUUUAUACAUUGAUACAUCGGGGCAUAUCACCGUACCCGUCUUUCCUCAGUUAAUAAAAAACGAUGGAGUUUCCAUUCGAAAAGCAGGAAACUUCUAAAAACUUAUGCUCUCAACGACACAUCACGGAGGAAGAAUUCCAAAAUUUCAUGCAGAGAGUUACCGAAGUCGAGAAAAUCGUGAAAAAGCUCGCUUCUUCUGAUGUGAACGAGCAGAACAACGGAAAGCUGCUAGCCGAUAAUAUCCUUAAAUCCAACAAUGCUAUAGAAGGCAACUUGUCGGGAGAUGAGGAGUUGAAAACACGAACCGACCGAACAUUGAUAAAUAACUGUUCGACGAGUGCAACAACUGAUUCGAACACAAUGUCUAAAGAGGUUUUCAUGAAGACAAUGGAGAAAGAUGCCCGUGAACGCGCUGAAGACAAGAAGCGGAGAAAUGAAAGAGCUGACACGUACAAGAGAAUUGGCAAUGGGGCAUUUGAUAGCGGCGAUUAUGAAAAAGCUGUCACUUAUUACGGAAAAGCUAUUGAGCAGCGGAAAGACUCAACUGUUAUUUGGAAUAAUCGUGCACUCUCGUUCAUGAGGCUAGGGCUUUAUGAGAAAGCCUUACAAGAUUGCGAGUGGGCUCUCAAAGUUAAUGAUUCUAACAUCAAGGCGUUGCUCAAUAGCGCAAAAUGUUAUGCAUACCUGGGGAAUCAUGAGAAAAGGGAUGAAUUCAUUAGAUUGUCUAAAGAAAGAAUUCCCAGAUUCUCCAAGUAUAUUGAAGAUUUUGAAAAAGCAUUGAAAGAAAAUCCGAAUGAUGUCAUCCAGGAUGAGGAAUCUAUCGUUUAGAGGAGAAAUAGAAGACUAUAAAUUAUAAAUAUUUGUAUUUACAAAACACUCAGUAGUUUGAGAAUAAAAGCCUUAUUUAUCAA